CACCAGAAAUACUAAGUUACUUUUUCCAGGUGAUUAAGAGAACGCUCUGGGCCCUCGUUGGUGAGUUGCAGCCCAGAACUCCGGGCUCUGCUGGGAGGAGGAGGAAGGGAAGUCGAAGAGGUCUUCGGACUUGGUGGCCCGGUUUUCAUCCUCAUGGCUUCGCCCCAGGGCCCCAGCAGUGAGUGCUCCCAUGUCAUAGAUCACACCCACGUCCCUGAGUUCGAGGUGGCCACGUGGAUCAAAAUCACCCUCGUCUUGGUGUACCUGGCCAUCUUCGUGGUGGGCAUUGUGGGGAACAGUGUCACCAUUCGGGUCACGCAGGUGCUGCAGAAGAAAGGCUACUUGCAGAAGGAGGUGACGGAUCACAUGGUGAGCCUGGCUUGCUCGGACAUUUUGGUCUUCCUCAUUGGCAUGCCCAUGGAGUUCUACAGCAUCAUCUGGAACCCCCUGACCACGCCCAGCUAUGCCCUGUCCUGUAAGAUUCACACUUUCCUCUUCGAGGCCUGCAGCUACGCCACCCUGCUCCACGUGCUGACGCUCAGCUUUGAGCGCUAUGUGGCCAUCUGCCACCCCUUCAGGUACAAAGCUGUGUCGGGGCCCUGCCAGGUGAAGCUGCUGAUUGGCUUUGUCUGGGUCACCUCCGCCCUGGUGGCGUUACCUUUGCUUUUUGCCAUGGGAAUUGAGUACCCCCUAGCGAACGUGCCCAAUCACCGGGGUCUGCCCUGCAAUCGCUCCCAGACUUACCACCACCAGCGCCCGGAGACCUCCAACAUGUCCAUCUGUACCAACCUUUCCAGCCGCUGGACCGUCUUCCAGUCCAGCAUCUUCAGCGCCUUCAUCAUCUAUCUCUUGGUCCUGGUCUCCGUGGCCUUCAUGUGCUGGAACAUGAUGCAGGUGCUCAUGAGGAGCGGCCAGGCUGGAGGCACCAGGAAGGGACAGCAGCCUCAGCUGAAGAAGUCGGAGAGCGAGGAGAGCAGGACAGCCAGGAGGCAGACCAUCAUCUUCCUGAGGCUGAUUGUCGUGACCUUGGCGGUCUGCUGGAUGCCUAACCAGGUGCGGAGGAUUAUGGCAGCGGCCAAACCCAAGCACGACUGGACCAAGACCUACUUCCGGGCGUACAUGAUCCUCCUCCCCUUCUCCGACACCUUCUUCUACCUGAGCUCCAUCAUCAACCCGCUCCUGUACAACGUGUCCUCGCAGCAGUUCCGCAGGGUGUUCGGCCAGGUGCUGCGCUGCCACCUGACGCUGCCCCACGCCAACCACAGCAAGCACCUGCGCGCCCACGGCGCCUGCACCGCCGCCAGCACCCGCUCAGCACGCCGCCCCCUGAUCUUCAGGGCUUCGUGGUCCAACUCCUCUGCAAGAACCAACAAGGUUUUCUUGAGCACUUUCCAGAGCGAGGCCAAGCCCCAGUCUGAGCCCCAGCAAUUGAGUCUCGAGUCACUAGAGCCCAACUCGGCAACGAAACCCCCCACUCCUGCCACGGGGAAUGGUUUGCAGGAGCAUGAAGUGUGAAUGUCAGGUAUGGAAGCCUUGAAGGCUAACCGGCCUUCUAACUCCCCCAACGAAAGCAACAUUAUCCUGACACAGCGGUGACGAACUGUGCCCUUAGGAGGGACAGCAGUGGGAGCUAGGGGCCUUGGGGGAAAAUGGAUGCCCACCUAAGUGCCUUCUAAGGGCGGAUUCUGCCAGCUGGACCUUGACUCGGGAGAGACAGGGCAGACUUUUGCUUACGCCUUCCCUUUCUUUAAAUACACGCUGAAAAUUCAGACUGAAUUUAUUCAGAGCUUACAAAAAAUGUUUUACACUGCGCUCUUUCAGUGACGAAGGAACUGAACGAAAGAGCACACACUCCCCUCCCCACCCAGAAUAACAGGACACCCAGGAGAAGCUUGGGGAGCAGAGGGAGCGGAGGGCCCGAAGAACAAAGCAGGAGGGGCGAGCAUCUCCUUCAGCUUCAGCAGUGAGCCAAGAGGAGGGCCAAGUGGAGGAGCAGGACGGUGGUGGGGAGCCCGGGCCGGAGGGCCAAGGCGGAACUGCUCCGUUUCUUGGGCCGGGGCCCGUUGCAAAGAGGGGUGUUGCAGCAGCUGAUGCACACUGAGUUCAGUUUCCCAGGGGAGCAGAAGGACUGGUACCCGGCGGAGGCGAUGAGGCAGGCCGCUGAAGACGCACACGACUUCCGGUACAUGACGCCUGCAACACAGACCCAAGGACUUGGGUUAAUGCCGGUGCCCAAAGGGGAGCUCAUCCUUCCUCCUCCCACAGCCCAUGCACCUGGAGGGGUGACGAAGGUGGUUUGGGUUGUUUCCUUGAGCACCCACCCCUCCCCCACCACGACCUAUAAGGAAGAGGACUUCUUCCCCAUAUAGUUCCUUUACUUUUGACAAAUUGCAGUAUCUCCACUAGCUGUUUGGAACAAAGAGCUAUUAAACCAAAGUUCGCUUUUAAAAAUGGUACAAAAAUUAUUUACCUUUUCUUAAAAUUGCUGUAGCUAUCUCAUGCCAUGGAGAAUGAUACUGUAUCACCUAUGGAUGUAAUCAAAUCAAAAUUCUCCAAAGAACUAACCCCCAUGAGAAUAAGAUCUCUACUGAAGGGGCCCUGGUUUUUCUGAGGUUUCAAGGUUCCCUAGAUUGUAGAGAGGGCGUGGCCCAAUGUUGACAAUGUACCCAGAAGAGCCUUAUUCUAGGAAACAACUUUGCCCUCAGAAUAUAUGACCAUCUGCCUAUGUAGCAUCACACCACCUCCUUUUAGUAACAUACUAUGUAGUUAUGUGAAGGAGCACUUAAAACCUGUCCAACUGACAGCACAGUCCUCAGAGAAGGUUAUCUUGAAUACUCAAGUUCUUUAAGCUGGAACCUUAUUCAAAUCAAAUAAUAGCUAACUUCAUUUGCGUGCUUACCUGUAGGCCAUGCAGUUUACAGUGGACUACUGUGUACUGGUUCAACCCUACAAGAGAGAUCCCCAUUUCACAGAUGGGGAGCCUGAAGGGCAAGAGAAAUUUAGGAACUUACCCAAGGUCACACUCCUGAGAAAUAGAGGAGCUGGGAUUUGAACCUAAAUUCUGGCUCCAUUCUGUCACAUCCUGACUAGUAUAUAUACUAAAGUUGCCAGCCAGUAAACCACAAAAAUAUUUUUCUUCGGGGGGUGGGUGGUGAGAGGACAACAAUAUCUCCUACUGAAGCUGGACCUGGACAUGAGUGGCUCUGGCUUGUGUGCUUCCCUGCACAGCUGAGGGCUCCAGCCCACCUCACCUUCGGACUCCCUGUGGAGAUGGGUGUUUGCAGGCAGUGCUUCUGUUUGCACCUUCCUCCCCCUUCUGAAUCGUGGUUUUGGGUUAUGGAGAAAUAGUAAAGAAUUGAGCAACCUAAAACUUCCAAGUGGGAGGUAAAUAAAUACUUUAAAACACAA